UAAAUGAGAUAGGGACAAAUAUUUUCUACAGUACAGUAGAGUACAGGAUGUACUGAAAACAGGAUGUCAUUCAAAUUACACAGGAUCUUAUAAAUAAGGGAGAAAGUAAUCUGUUGGAUACGCAAGAAUAUUUGGAAUAUGCUCCGUAACACACUGAUUGGGAUUCAAACCCGCCACAUGUCAUAAUUUACUGCUAGGUGCAUCCACAGGUGGUUAGCGUGUGAGUGAAAUGUUGACCAUUUAGAUCAAGAUGUCAUCUGGAGCGUCCGAAUCUGAAGAAGAAAUAUCUAUUGAGGAAUCCCUGCUGCUAUGCGCACGGCGCGGUCAGACAAACAUAAUACAUGACAUUUUGCAGAGCAAAAAACAGGGCACAGUCCAACUGAACAUAAACUGUAAAGGCAGUCAGAAAGCCAACAGGGGCUGGACCCCUCUUCAUCUAGCAGCCUAUUUUGGACACACAGACAGUGUCAAACUGUUACUACAAUUUGGUGCGAGGGUAAAUGAAGUGAACAACGUCGGUGAUACAGCAUUACACAAGGCAGUCCUCACAAAUAGACUUGAAGUUGUGCGAACAUUGCUAGCUGGUGCAGCUGAUGUGUCUUUAAUAAAUGCAGAAGGCCAAAAAGCUGGAAACCUGACCACUAAUAAGGAGAUAAUCAGGCUUAUUGAUGCUGCAGAGGAACAUGAUGCCAGCAAAAUGGAGGAGGAGUUUAUGUCAUCAGUGCGGGAGGGCCAUCUGGAUAAAAUACAGGAACUGGUGUCAAGUGGCCGGUUUAGCCGUAUGGACUGUCGGGACAGUUUCGGGAACACAGCCCUGCAUGUGGCAGCCCAAUCGGGACAGAAGGAAGUGGCUGUCUACCUACUGCAGCAAGGCGUUCAUACCAACACCAAGAACAAACAGGGUCAGUUGGCAUCGGAGGUUGCCCGAACCGAGCCUAUGAAACAGCUUCUCCAUGUUCAACCUCGAAAGACAGCUGUGAAAAUGCCUGCACGCUUCGAAGGACUCCUCAUUAAGAAGCGGUUUAUGGGGACAACGCCAGUCUGGGUGGUGCUUGAGAGAGGGGUUCUCUCUUACUUCAAAAAUAGAGGGGAUGCUUCCACUGGUGCUAAACGGAGGGGAAUGAAAUACCUGGACAAUGCAACUCUGAAGACAUCAGAAACAAUUAUCUACGACUUUCUAAUCCAGUACUCUGAUGGGACAUAUCACAGACUGGGGAUUGACCCUGGGGCUUCUAAUGUCAGGGUGGGGCAUGACCCUGUCACUGGCGAGGUCAUUACUAGACAGGUGUGGAUCAAUGCAUUAAAAGAGCACAUAGCAUACAACACCCACUACAUUGACCAGGGUAGACAGAAACAUGUGGAAACCACUGAGAUUGAGCCUUGUAUCACCAUGCAGGAGGCACUCAAGGUAGCCCUGGCUCACAAAGAUGUUUUAGAGCACCAUGUCGGCCAGCUGUCCAAUUUUGUAACCUCAGCCAACAACCUCACACAGAAUAACAAUGUCGACAAGUUGACAGCAGAAUUAGAGAAGACAAUAACGUAUUCCCGUGACAUGUACAACACAUUGUCAAAGUGCCUUAUCAUCUAUAUGCAAGAAGAACAGUACCGAGAAAAAGAACAGCAUGAGUUAAAAGAAAAGAACAGAAUACUGGAAGAAUCAUUACAUGCCCUGGCAAUUGAACAUCAUGAACUGGAGCGUUCAUAUUCUCACAGCGUGCGGGCUAGGUCAUUUUCAUUAGAUGAUGAAGAGUUCUUCGACUGUGAUGACGAUGACAAUAUUGAUAUUCACCUCCCAUUGUCAUUACCCAUGGACAGGCGAUCCAUGGUGUCAGACAUGUCCUACCAGUCUUGCCAAUUUGACCUCAACACAGCCGACAGUGAGAAUAAGCCAGUUAACUACCAAUUGCAGCUUGGUGGAAGGACGGAUCUUCCUGUCCCAAUGUUUGACAGGAACGACUUCAGUAUCUGGAGCAUCUUAAAACAAUGCAUUGGCAAGGAGCUGUCCAAGAUCACUAUGCCUGUUGUGUUCAAUGAGCCACUCACCUUCCUACAGCGAAUCACCGAAUACCUGGAGUACUCAACUCUUCUAGACAUGGCAGCCAAACAGGAUAAUCCUGUUGAUAGACUCAUGUAUGUAUCAGCAUUUGCUGUCUCUGCAAUAUCAUCCAACUGGGACCGGAUAGGAAAACCAUUCAACCCGUUGCUAGGAGAGACAUAUGAACUAGACAGACCAGACUUGGGUUUCCGGCUGGUAUCCGAACAGGUUUGCCACCAUCCGCCAAUCAGUGCCUUCCAUAUUGAAGCAGAGAACUACAAGUUUCAAGGAUCCAUUCUCCCAAAACUCAAGUUCUGGGGAAAAUCAGUAGAAGUUAACCCUAAAGGGACAUUAACUCUAGAAUUUCCAAAGCAUGGUGAGACGUAUACCUGGCAAAAUGUGAACUGCUGUGUUCAUAAUGUCAUCGUGGGGAAGAUAUGGAUCGAACAUACUGGUGUUAUGGAAAUAGUAAAUCACAAGACCAAACACAAGGCUGUGCUAAACUUCAAACAAGGAGGCUGGUUUGGCAAGGAUCUGCACAAGGUGGAGGGAUUCAUUUAUGAUCCAAGCAAGCGAAAGAUGAAAGCCCUGUAUGGCAGCUGGAUCUAUGAUCUGUUUGGUGUGGAUAAUGAUGCCUUUGAGGAUUACAUGAAGAAUAAACCCAGCAGUCCAAAGCAUACCUCCUCUGAAAACGGUGAUUCGUCCGAGGUAGAAGACAACAUCCCCACACACCAUCUGUCUGCCUUUAACCUGAAUAUACCCGGUCAAGUUGCGCUGUGGAGCUAUACACCCAGACCUUCUAAUACUGAUCAGUACUUCAGUUUUACCUAUUUCUCUAUGGCGCUGAACGAGCUAGUGGACGGCAUGCAGGACACGCUCCCCCCGACAGACUCCCGACUAAGGCCAGAUGUACGCAUCCUAGAGCAGGGAAAUAUAGAGGUGGCCGGUGAAGAAAAACACAGGGUUGAGGAAAAACAGAGGUCUGCUCGCAAGGAUCGUAAAAAGCGCAAUGUGGAAUGGAGCCCUUUAUGGUUUCAGUUUGGGAAAAACCAGGUCACUGAGAAAGAAGACUGGAUUUACAACGGAAAAUACUGGGACAGAGAAUGGUCUCAAUGUCCAGACAUCUUUUGACAACAAUGUUCCUAGUCAUCCAAUAUUUUAACUGUACCUCAGGGGUGGGAAGAGCUCUACCAAGGAAGUAACAGAGCAGAACUUUAUGCCCUAAAUGAGAGUGGGUUAGUGGGUUAUAGAAGCUUAUCUGUCACUAGUAGCAGCACUACUAUGCCAAAUGGUGUAUCUGGUUUUAGGUGCAAGUUAAGGUGUAAUAAUUCGCACCUACACAGUACUCUACUUUGUCGAAGGGAGAAAUCAUGUUUUAUAGGAAGUGCUCCUCUUUUUAUAGUAAAGAUAAAAUUCAUGUGUUCUUAACUCCUAUUAUUAUGCAAAUUGAUUGUUUUUGUAGACAGUAUCAUAUAGAUUGCAUGUUAGUUCAUGCUUACUGUGAUAAUUUUGUUGUGAUGUAGGAGUGAAAUAAGUUAACAUUGGAGUCAUUUGUGUAAAAACCUAAUAUAAUCUUAUAGUAUGUUAAUAUUAAAUCAAUAUUGUACAUUUCGAGUAAUGAUAGAACAUUAUUGUAGUCUGAGUUUUUUGUUAAACUAUUAAUGAAAUAAAAACAUCCACCAGGGUUAAAACACAUUCAAUAAGCUGACCUGAAUCUAGGUUUUGUUGAAACAAUCCAAUAUAUCUUGUGGUUUAAUUUCAGUAAUUUUCCCUUUUCAUACUUUUUGCAAUACUUCUUCUAAUGACACUAAUAUUUAGUCCAUUUUUAUCUGUGCAAGCAAAAACAUAAUUCUGUGAAACUCUCAGACCUUGCAAAAAAGAUCAGCUUCAGUUUGCCUAAAAAAACACAUGAAAUAAAAACAUACACAGUUUAUUAUUAUCACACAUUCCAAAAAUGUUAGCAGAGAUAUGGUGUGAAUAGAUGUUGUGUGAUAAUUAUCAGCAGUUAUGAUAAAUACAUGUUGUUACAUUUAAACACUGUUAAUCCGAAAUUGUCAGGACCCAGAUAAAAAUUUCAAAAUAGCGAUAUUUGGGAUUAACAAUUUUUAGAAAUUUACUGUGUUCGCAAAAUAUAGAUGUCGUAAAAUAUUAAGUCGUGAAUAUUGCAAUGACAGUUACAUGUUACCAACAUGUUAUAUUUGGUUUUGAGUGAUUGUUCAGUGUACAUGUUUGUUGAAUUAUUGUUUAAUAAAUGACACUGAACUAUUAUAAUUAAUUUCUUGAUUAAAACAACAUUUAAAACAAAAUGACAGCACAUGUAUGCAUUUGGAACAUAGCACAGUUAAAACAAAGUAUGCUUAAAUAGCACUGAAACUACACGUAGUUAAUCAGUAUUGUUCGGUUUAUUUUUUAAAGAUUGAUGUGAUGUCUCCCUGCACUUUGUUGAUUCCGAUGAUGUGUUUCUUAGUCACCUAUCCUUGAAUUAUGUUAAUGAAGUUGUAAAAUUCAGUGCUAUCUGUCUGCUGCUCAUAAUAUUGUUUCAUUCCGGUGAUGGACAUGUUCUCAAUGUCAUUCUUUAACGAGCGCUAAUUGUGCAUCAUUAUCACCUCAACUGAUACCCAAGUGCUAUCGCAGUAUGGUGUGAAAAAAUAUUGAGAUGAUCAAAUUGGAAAUAAGGAUUGAUAAAUAGGUGUGAAUACUAAAUCGGGACCUUAAGUUUUACUUCGAAAUAGUGAUUAUUUGCGGAUUAUUGAUUAAAAAUUUAGUUAAACAAAGAAGAAAUAAAAUCGGGACCAAAAAAAAUAAUUUUGAAAUAGCGCUAAUUUCUGAUUAACGUUGUUGUGGGAAUAGUUUAAAUGUAUUUAAAAAUGUUGAUUUGUUUAAAUUUCACUUGAUUGUAUUGAAACUUGAACAGUAUAUAUAAACCUUAUAGUGUUUAGAAUAAUUUAAUCUUUAUUGAUAUUAUUUUGUUAUUAUACCAGAGGUGUUUCACUGAAUGACAUAAUUAUAAAAUGUAUAUAACAUGUUAAACUGAUUAAGUCAUAGCUCAACUUUGUUAAGCUUUAUUAUUGUUUUGUUAUUGUGUUAUAUUGUUUGUGUGUAAGAAAAUUAUCUUUGAAUGUAUUGUUUUCAUGAGUAUGGUAUUCUUCUCAUGCAAUAAAUUAUCUGAUUUAUAAAUUUACUUGAGAGCCCUCAAAAGGGCUUCUAAAAAGCCAGUUUUGCUUCUGCUGCAGGGUGCUUCUACCUCUUCGAGCCCCACAAGGGGCCUAAAGCGCUCCCAAAACCCAUCGUCAAAAUUGUUUCAGUCGUUCAGCUGCCGGGUGAAUCACAUCCCUGUAUAUGAAUUAGUUGAUGUCGCUGUGAUGUCAGGGAUUACACUCGAUUGGUACAUUCUUACUAAUCUUAAUAUUUCUGGUAUUAAAAUGAUGUGCAAUCUAUAGGCAAAUAAUGGGGAAGUAUUUAUUACAGUAUCUACACCAAUUUGUUGUUCGCCUAUUAUAGUUAAGUGUUUCUGAGGGAUAGCCAGUAAUCUGUGUUCUUUUCUGUACCUUUUUUCAUGAUUCUGAUUGUACUGUAUUUAGUUUUGCAUUAAGUAGUGGGUAUAAGGACAGUGUACCUGGUACAAGUCAUUAUAAUGUAUUUGUUCUGUUCCAUAAAAAAACAGAGGUUACUGAGCUACAUAAAUUGUUUUCAAAAGAGGGUUGCCCGGUAAAUAUGAAACAUUGAGAUCAUUACAACAUACAUCUUCUUUUCAGGGGCCCAAUCAAGAUUUUAGUCAGUCUUAGGUGUAAAUGGAAACUAUGGUAGUAGUGUCAUAAUUUUGUUGAAUUUGCUCAAUAUUUCUGUUAAUUAUAUUUAAGGCUAAAAUUAAAAUUUAACAAGCUUGCCAUCAUUUGUGAUUUAUCCACUAGUGAUGGUGCGAUGAACGAUUAUAGUUGAAUAACCGGCGAUGACACAAACUCACCCACCAUCGGUGAUAAUCAAUUUUCAUCAAACUUUAUUGUUAUACUUAAAAAAACUUGUAAAAUGUCACUUCUUCAGUCUUGACAUCAUAUAUUCAAAUAAGUGCUAUGAAUGCAUAAAGAAAUGGCUCAUUAUUUUAAUUUUCUCUUUUGUAAUUCAAUAUCUUAUGCCAGUUAUUAUAUGAUAUUUAAAUUAUCCAUUAUGGAAUUUGUCCGAUAUCCAAUACUAAUCCUCAUAGAAAUGGGCCCCUGGUUACAAAAUGUAUUAUAGAUGAGUAAAAUGAGAAUGAUAAUUGCUUGGGUUUUAUCUUUGAUUUAUAGAAUUGAAUUGAAACAAUUGAAUAUGCUGCAAUCUUUAACAUGCCUGAACAUUUAUGUGAUAGCAUUUGCAUUUAAGUGUAGAAUUCUUGUUACUGGUCAUGUGAUUCACAUGCACUACUGACAUUUGGGUACAAUUCUGAAUGAGAUCUAUCUGCAUUAGAUAGGCCACCAGUCCUAGAGCAUUAGAUUGGCCACCAGUCCUAGAGUGUCACAUACAAUAGUGUUUAGUAAUAAAAAAUAAAUUCAAAAAGUUCUACCAGAUUCACCAACUGUAUUCAUCCAACCAAUGACCACCAAUAGCACUAACCACCACUUUCCAAUGUUUUAUCUUCUCCAGGUCAGUGUAAUGCACCCAUCCAUAAUUUACUCCGGCACUUGUUCACCACUUUAUGUUUUAGAUAAACUCAUAAUUGUUAUAGAAUUGAAGAAUGAUUGAUGGUGAAGGUAUUGUCAUUAUAUUAAGCGUUGCUGUCAGCAGCAUUUGUGUGUAAGGCAAAAGCUACAACUUCUGCCAUAGCUGAAAAUCUGUGAACACUAUUAUCAGUGCCAAUGCAAAUGUGUAGCAAGGCCCAUAAUCAGGUUAAAAUGGUGUUGAAUUAUUAACCAACUGAUAAAAAAACAGACAAACGUUUGAAUCUGAUAUUAGAGAUCUUGUGUUGUAUUUCUACUUCAAUAUGUGAUAGAUUUAGAUGUUUUUGCGUAAUUUAUAGAAAGCUGUUGACAAUAAUUAGUCUUGAAUUUGUUGUCAAGUGCAUAUAGCAUAUAAGCGCAAUUUAUAUAUAUUUAUAAGUAUAUAGAAUUAUAUCUUCAAUUAAAAAUUUGUAAUUAAUGUAUGUUGUUGUUUUUAACUGGUUUUCUUUUCAGUUAAAACAAAAUUGUUCAUUGAUGAUUGUUCUCACAUUGAUUUUUCUGUAUAGAAUGUCACCAUAGUCAUUUUUUAGUCUACAUGUAUGUAUAUUUACAAUUCUGUGUUAACAUUCUUGUACAGAGGAAGAAGAUUACUAUAUUAUGAUUAAAUAUUAUACCAUGUUGUUUUCACACCAUUUUGUUAUGGAUUGAGUGCCACAUUAUUAAGUAGAAAAUAAAGAAAUUGAAUACUGAA